AUGAGACGUUUUAUUUAACUUUCUAGAUUUAGUUAUUAAAAUCUCAGAAAACAAGCCAUUUCAUUAGCAGCUCCUAGGAUAUAAUAGGAUCCAUAAGAAAUGUAUAAGCUUGGGCAUACUAUUAAUGAUGUAGAUGUUAAUAAUUUAACAACAAAAUAAUUUGAAGAUAUUAAAGAUGCCUUAUGGACUCAUGGAGUUAUUUGCAUAAAAAAUUAAAAAUUAACGAUGGACUAAUAAAUAGCUUUCACUCAAAAGUGGGGGAAACUUAUGAUCCUUCCUAUUUAACAAGCAUAUACAAAAAGAGAUCCAAAUUAACCAGCUAUUGUUAGGGUAGGCAAUAUAAAUAUCGAUGGAUCUAUAAAAGAAAAUUGUAGUGAUACUGAAUACUGGCAUAAAGAUGGAGACUUCAAAAAGCCAGGUGAAAAUUUCUUCAUAAGUAUUCUUAUCCCAUAUGAAAUAGCUUAAGUUGGUGGCUAAACAGGUUUUGUUUGCUCAGAAUAAGUAUAUAGAGACUUGCCUGAAAACCUGAAAGAAAUGCUUUAAGAUGCCCAAAUCAUCAUCAGAUCUUAAACAAUUGGCGAUUUUUAGCAUUUCAAAGAAAAUGAACACUAUCCUGAAGCAUUUCACCCAGUCUUUUUAUCUCAUCCUAUAACUGGAAGAAAGAUCUUUAACAUUUGUUAAAAUGUUGAAAACGAUAUACUUUUUAAAGAUGGCACAGUUAAGAGCUCAAAAGAAUUCAUUUCUGAAAUUGAAAAAACUUAUAAAAUAUAUAGCCAUUAAUGGGAAAUGGGUGAUGUUGUAAUUUGGGACAAUAUUAGAGUUAUUCAUAAAAGUAUGGGUGGAUUUGGUAAUAAUAGAAGAUUGCUUAUAAGAACACAAGCAUAAAUCUUAUAUUGA